AAAGGGAUCUCCCAAAGAUUUUGGACAUUGGUCCUUUGACCCGAGUCUUUGUUGUUGAUAGUCACAGGCCUAUCCAUUUGCACAAUUUAUGCAAUGAGAAUGAUAGGGUAAUUAUUCUUUACACUAGGGAUGAUGAGCAACAGACAGAUUUAUCGUAUGAUUUUGAUGUUUCAGCUUUGGCAAAUGCAAGUGAUUUGAACAGUGAUGAUGAAUUUGAAGAUGACUCUGAAAGUGAGAGUGAAGAAGAAGAUGAUGAUGAUGACGUGGAAGGAACUCAGAAGAAGAAGAAGAGGGUUUCUGGAGAAAAAGAAGGGGGUGAUGAUCCUGUUAAGCUUUUCAAGAAACUGAAAAAAGAAUACUAUUAUAUGGGCACGUUCCAUGGUAAACCAUAUGGAUGCUUAAUGUACGAACUCUCUCAUUUCUUAAGAAGAAACACAAAGGAGAUGCUUUGGUUAGCAUGUGUUUCUUUGACUGAUCAGUUUGUUCAUGAGAGGCUUACUGAUGAGAGAUACCAAGCUAGCGUUAUGGAACUUGAGCAACAUGUCAACAGCUCCGGCAACUUAGACUCCUCUAUUACCUCAGUCACCUUAAAAGACGGAACUAAGGUAUCCACCCCAGAUUCGUCUAGAAUUUCAUAUGACGAUGAGCCAAGGCUAAUGUUGUUAUAGGAGUGGAAUCUUUUUGACUCAAUGCUCUGUUCGUCCUACAUUGCUACCAAACUGAAGACUUGGAGUGAAAUGGUAUUAAAAAGAUGCAACUUCUUUUGGGGCGGAUGGGGUUCGCCUAUGACGAGUGUAAACAGAAGUUUGAGUAUAUGAGUGUGAAGAUCAAGAGGAGGAUGAAGGACAUGUUUGUCCAAUAUUUACCUGAAUUUGGACUAACUGACUUCUACUACCGCGGGUUUUUUUUAUUGCAUGGGUGCAGUUCAAAACUCUCUGCUGCUGAUGUCGUCUACGGAGUCACUGCCCUUUUAGAAGGUUCUAGUGCUUCCAGACAGUUUGGGGAUGCUUACGACGCGCUUUCGGUUAAUAAUCUCGAUAAGCUGGAAAACGGGAUGAGGAAAGCGAUUAGGGUUCAAAGGGUGAUUCUUAUAUAGGGAAGUGUAGCGAUAACCAAGAAAGGGUCCAUGGGGAG